UUGACCGUUGAGCUCCAGCCCUCCAACAAAAUGGCGCAUCGCCCAACCAAGCUACGUUCCACUGGAAUCUAAUUCACCCUCCCCAGUGGCUUAGUUUCAACCGAUUUAACCCCCAAGUCGAACUAGACACUUUUCACUCGGGCCCCCAACCUGAAAACCGAGCCUGUCCAAAUCUUCAACCCGCUUACUUAGUCCAAUCCGACUUUCCAACUUCCUUGCACACCUUUUCCCUUUGAGUGGGCCAAAACUUUGGGUUUUGUCAAACGUCAGAGGCCUAGAACGGUACCGUUCGCCACAUCGAAGCUGGACGUCCUCGCCACUUGGUGGGCUUUCAUGGCUUAAUCCGGGUGGAUCGAUUGCCAGCAUGGCCACGGACACGCCCACGCCUCCGGUGGAUCAAUCCCCGUGCGCCUUUUUCGAUCCCGAGCCCAGUCCAAGUAGCUCCUCGGAAGCGAUGGUGUCUUCCGAAGAGGCGUGGGCCCUCUUGAGUCCCGUUCAAGCGCAUUUGAGUCGAUAUCACGCCCCAUUGGUGUGUCUGGCCGGGCAAAGUCCGGCCAUCUUUGCCCAUCGACCUUUUCUGUCCUUGGUUCACGGGGCUUGGUUCGAUCAAUUUCUCAAAGAUCAGGCCCCCGUCAAGGUGAAUAUCUUCGCUCUCAGUGCCGAGGAAUGGGUCCUUCAAAGGCUGACCUUUAACCGCCGGAUUCUGGCUGAGGUUCGAUUAGACUGGCAAGAGACGUGGCCGUCGCGAUUGGACGCCAUUCUGGCUGAGUGGCUUGAUCCGACGUCAGAUAUUCGCGUUUGUCCCGGAUUUGCGGCUCGCCACCAACCUCAUCUGUUUGAAAAGCUCCGAAAAGUGGACAUUCCGUGUAUGAACAUUGAAACUUUUGCUCAAGACACGGUGUAUCGUGCUCGGACGUGUCAGUACGUCAUUGAAAGAGCCGCGCAUGCUGAUCGGCUUCAAUGUCCGGCUUGCUUUGAGUUUCACGCCCACUUGGAGGCCAAGUAUGCCAACCUGACUAAUACUGGGAUCGAGCCAGAGUCCAAAUUGGCCGAUGACGAAAGUUCGGAUCCCACCCGUCCCAAACGAGGCCGCGGACGACCCCGAAAACUGGCCGCUCACGAAGCCCAAUCGAUUGACUUGGAACUAGAAGAAGCUCAGCCGAAGGAGCUCACCACGUCAAUUAAACUUGAGGACCGCGAAAUCCACCAGGAACUGCCGCACCCAUCUUCGUUGGAACCGGAGGACGAUUCGCUGGCCUUAAAGGAUGACCCUCAAAAUGAGGACUCUGAAUCCCAAGGUGGGGUUCGUUUGAGACGGGGUAAGAAACGCGCCUCUUCGACGCGAUUCAAGGAGCAAAUGGCCCAAAUUGUCAAACGGAAACGGGGCCGCCCGCCCACUAUUACCGAUCCUGUGACUUGUACCGAUUGCGGUGAGACGUUCACGGUUCUCAAAGACUUUCGACUUCAUUGUCAAGAGCACGCCAAUAAGCUUCCAUGUGAAUUCCCGGACUGUUCACGACGGCUAAAAAACAAUCGAGAAUUGGAUAUCCACAUGAGGAAACACCGAGGGGAAAAACCUUUUGCCUGCUCGGAAUGUGAUAAAGCCUACCUCUCCCGACAAGAUUUGCGCACGCAUAUGCGGUCGCAUACUGGCGUGCGUCCGUUCCCCUGUCAGGAAUGUCCCAAACGAUUUGCCCGCCACCAACAACUCAAGAUUCACAUGACGGUUCACACCGGUGAGAAGGCCUUUCUCUGUCCGGAAUGUGGUGGAGCAUUCGGCUCCGAUUCCACGCUAAUCGAUCACCGGAAACGAAAACAUUUCGAGAUCCGCGAUUACAAAUGUGAAUUUUGCCCAAAGGGGUUCUUCACACGCCAAGAGAAGGCUUCCCAUAUGCGAACUCACACCGGUGACAAGCCUUUUCCUUGCAACAAAUGUGGAAAGACUUUCUCACGUGAACAUCACCUGAAGCGGCACAUGAAAGGAGUCCAUUAUGGAGACAAGCAGAAGCAAUACUUUUAUCGGAAAAGUGAGACGCCCACGGUUCAACCACCUUCCCUCAAAGAGAAUUCGGGGAAAGGGUACUCGACGAUGAAGAUGGUCGAAGCUCUCGAGGACAACGGCACCGUUCUUUAUUGCACGGAUGAGAGCGGCAAUACCGUAAUACUACAGCACGUCACCAAAGGAUCGGAUAACGAACACUAUAUUGUCGCUGAACAAUCCGACAACAGCGUUAGAGAUGCCUCCACUGCAUCUCGUGAGGACUCAUCUGUUUUCAUUCAAAAACUCUCCGAAGAAGAGACAAAGCCGAACGAAACUGGACGGGUUUCAACAACCGCCUUGUCUGGAGCGGCGGCUUCGUCACUUUUAGCUUUGUCUCAGGUAGGGCGCAGCAAAGAAGGGAUCAAGCAUGGAGAAGAAAACGCCGCGGAAAAUUCAGAAACGGAACUUUUACACAACACAAUCUUCAUAUCUGAGGACUCGGUGGUGGAGAUCCCGGGACAAGAGGGCAGCUAUAUAUUUGUGACCACAGAUGAAGGCGACGAAUCCAGCACCCGUCUCAUUCCAGUAGAGCUUCCUCAACAUGAUUCUGCCACGUCUUCGAGUGUGGGAGGAGACCCAUCUUAAAAGCAAAUAUUAUGAGUCGUUGUUAAAGGAGAGCUUCACACUUCACUGGUUUUUGGUGCCAAUAAAAUAACUACCAGCGGACAUAA